AUGAGCUGUUCAUUCACCUUCCAAAUUCCCCAGGCUUUGCCUUCUCUUAGCCAUCCACGACGUACUUCUGUCACAAUCACUUCUCAGCACAGACAGUCCUAUGAUCCUAAGCCUGAAAAGACAGUCAUCACAAGCAUCUUUCAAAACCCAGCUGACUAUUUUCACCUAAAGAAGUCUAGUCUGGCAAUUCAAGUUGGAGCAGUUUUGGCCACUAUUGAGCAGCCUGCAUUUGCUGUCACUGGUGUCAACUUUGAGGAAGAUUUGACAUGGGUUUUGAUACAAUCGGGAGUUAUUGCCUUCUGGUACUUCCUUCUCAUGCCACCAAUCAUCAUGAACUGGCUUCGGAUAAGGUGGUAUAAGAGAAAUCUCUUAGAGAUGUAUUUGCAGUUCAUGUGUGUCUUCUUGUUCUUCCCAGGUGUACUUCUUUGGGCACCAUUUCUGAACUUCAGGAAGUUCCCAAGGGAUCCAUCCAUGAAGUACCCUUGGUCAACGCCGGAAGAUCCUGACCAAGUUAAAGCUGGGUUUUUAAAAUACCCAUUUGCUGAACCCGAAGAUUAUUCAUGA